AUGACGGACGCCGAAGGAAAUGAGAUCGGUAAAUUGUUUGUUGGUGGAUUGUCCCAGGCCACAAAUAAUGGCAGUCUACGCCUAUACUUUUCCCGGUUCGGGGAGGUGGACGAUGCGGUGGUCAUGAUGGACAAUAAGACUGGUCGAUCCCGAGGAUUUGGUUAUGUGAAAUUUCACGAGUCUGAUUCAGUUACAUUGGCAUUGGAGGCUAAACCGCAUAUACUGGAUGGAAAAGAGGUGGAUGCAAAGCAGUGCAACGUAAACAUGAAAGGGAGGAAUCGGAGAAGUUUGAAAAUUUUCGUUGGUGGUAUUGGAUUAGAUCAGGAUGUGGAAUCUAUUAAAAAUUAUUUCAAACAAUUCGGACGCGUGACUGAUGUCAACCUAAUGAUGGAUUCGAACAAACAACGGCAUCGUGGUUUUGCAUUUGUUGGUUUUGAGGAUGAAGCGGUGGUUAAACGUCUAAUUGGGUUACAUUACGUAACUAUGAAUAACAAGCAGGUGGAAAUUAAAGCUAUGGAGCCACCUAAUUUUGGUCGUAAAAUAGGUUCGGUUCCUUGCGUUGCUCCCGGAACUGGAUUAAAUGGUAAUGCUGUCGGAGAGUCGGCUUGUGCGCACACAUAUGAAGUCGGUGCUGAUCCUGGAGCAAUGGUACCUGGAAGUAUGAACGGGCUUAGUUCUGCGGUUACAUAUGGUUCGCAUCAUGCUUAUUUAUCACCUCAAACACCAAAUUUAUCUUGUGCACAGCACAGUUUAUUAGGACAAGCACGUACAAACCCCCCACUUGCGUAUGAGCAUCAACAUCAUCCAGCUUACGGGAGCACUAUGCUAACGGACAGUUUGUAUCCAUCUGCCGCUUAUUUACAACCAAUGUCCCCAACACAGCAUACUGUACGAACUCCGGCCGAAUCGAUCCUACCUUCAGGAUCUGCCACUACUUCAUAUGCUACAAGCAAACAGUCAAUGCCAUUUAUCUUAUCCAACGGUCAGUUGCAUCAGUCAAAUGGGCUAGUCAGUUUUCCACCAAGUACUACCUCAGUCUAUGCUCCAUUCCCCUGUUCAUUUGUUCCUCCAAGUCCAUUUGUACCGGCUCAUCAUGCAGCAGCAGGAAAUGUGGGCACUUUAGUCAGUGCGGAUAAAACGGCAUUGGGAGGUUGGUCGACGUCUAAUCUCCACGCGGCUACACAUUUGGCUAUAUGCCCAUCGCAAAUCGGGGCACAACCCAGUUUACUUUCCUGUUCUCAGUUUAGUCCAUCCGUGGCUCCACACGUCGGCACGACUGCAACAACGAUGCAACCAGGUGCUACGGGUCCAAAUGCUACCGGGACGGGAUCAAUGUUAACUUCAUAUUAUACUGUCUGUCCACAGUAUACUACCAUCCAGUUGCAGCCAGAUCAGACUGGUUCACCAUCGCAUUUUCCGUUGGGUACCACUAAUCCUAAUGGUUCCAGUCUUAUCAGUAAUGGUUUGACCUCGUGUAAUUUGUCCAAUGGUCAAACUGGAGGUAUUGAUGUUGGUAUGUUGACGCUACAGGGUACGGCAACGAGUGCAAAUGCCACUGUCAAUUCCCGGGCUAAUAGUCCAUCAACAACAGAGAUAAAAUUGGAUGGCAGCACCGGGGUUCCUCACACAGCAACCAGCAAACCUCCAAGCUAUUCAGCUACUACAAUCUUAAUGCCAACUCCGAAUGCAUCUGGCUAUCCAUCUGGUGCCGUAUUGCAAUCAGCUCCUUCCACUCUUAAUCUCGGACAAGCUAUGUGGAAUCACUCCCCGACAAAUCUGUUGUACUCUCCUAUUCCUGUUGGUUGGGGUGUCUCAUCAUCUGGUCAGUCGGGUCAGGGACAGUCAUGGCAUUCCGGAGUUGCAAUGAUUUCUCAGAAAGUUCCAGCCACCUCCAGUACCACAACAUCCUCUUUAAAACUAUCCAAUUCUUUCAAUCCUGGCAGUACUAGAAAUAUACACACACUAGCAUCUGAAUCAUCUUGUCCAACCAAAGAGACUCCUGUGGAUUCGACUAAUAUGGGCUCUGCCAAAGCUUCCGGAGACAGUUUGGACGGCUCGAGCUCCCAGAACGAACCGUCAACAACAGCAUAUUCGAGGUCCGAAUUAAAUGCAGAUCCGUCUUAUCGAGGUGGAAAGUCCCAGCACUCAUCCAAUAUAUUGCUCAAAGAUGCCAACGGUUCAGGAGAUGAGGUAGGAGAUCAAAUAAAAGCGUGGCAACUGACCACAAAUGGGCAUUCGGCGGCAUCAAAUUCGGGAAACAGUUCAGCUUUACCAUCGUGGAACAGGGGAACAAUCAACGCAACCAUGAGUGGAACAAGGUGGGCCGGAAUGACAACAAGUAUGACAAAUUAUCCGGUUUCAAACAAUAUGAUUAUUCACUCCCCUACUUGGAAUUUGCCACUAGAACUAAUAGAUGACAAUUUGACAGGUUACGAUAAUUCCAUGGGAAAGGCGAGUUCAUUUAUUACCAGAAGGCCCAGUAAUUCAAGUUUAUCAAAUAUGAAUCGACCGGUCCCGCAAACAUCAAAUUUUCCUGGUGUGUUGAACAAAACAUCAGCUACGGAAACCGCGAAAGCAGAAGAAUCCUCUUCGUCCAUUCUGUCCACUUCCUACUCUAGACUCUCUCAAAGAAUUAACUCGUAUGGUUCUUCAUCCCCUUCCUCAGCAAAUCGCACGCAAGCUAAUGGAAGCCAAUCGCCAGUACAAAAUCCUUCUAACGGCACCGGGUCCAACGAGCGUUUGCCAUCCAAUAUUGAAGAUAGUGCUGAUUCAACGUCGAAUUUGAAUUCCAACGGAAACACGAAUACAGGAACUCGUAACUCGGUAUUGUCCACUGACUUAGGAACAUCACGUGGUGGAAGUGCUAGACUAGACUACGGCUCUUGGUUGUAUACAAAUAAUACGUCUAAUGCCCAAUUGGAGACCAGUACAAGUGGAGAUGGUAAAGAAUUAUCGUCCCAGUCAUCUGUUGCCGUGGAGUUGGAAUGUCAGGGACCAGCUGGCGCAUCUGGCGAUUUUCAUCGUCCGGUCCACACUGGUCACUUCUCCGGUUAUCGAAUAUCGCAUUGA